UGAUAGCGGAUGAUAUGAUUCUUUAUAUCAAUCAUAUAACAUUGUUUUUGUCAAAAUUAUUUUCAUACAUUGAAAAAAAAUAAAAAUAUGUGAAUGAUAUAUUAAUUAAAUUAUGAACAACAUAGCUAAAUAUAUUACAACAUAGUUAAACUACAGUUUAUUAUAAUAAUUUAUUACUAUAAUGAUAAUUAUAUUGUGCGAAUAUUUCUGAUUUCAUUCAUUAUUAUGAAAUCGCAUGGAAUAAUCGUGACCGAUGAAUAUAAACUUUCUACGAAUCAACAACAUGGCAGCAUCGUUAGAAUUAUAGUAAAAAUAAAAAUGGAUGAUUACGCAAUUUUGAUGUCAUUGAUGCGUCUUUUUAUGUUUUGAUUCACGAUCGUUUUUUAAAUCUUCUGACAACGAAUCGACAAAUGUCGCGAAUGUGCUUGCAUAGAUAUCGAUAUAAAGAUCCUGAUUGGAAUUACGAUGACAUUAAUGAGAGUUUAUUGAAAUGUCAUGUGUUGUUUUAUACGAUCAGGGAAGUUCACCGUGUUAUUUUCUUAAUUCAGUGCUCGAUAUCGUGUUUGAAAGGAACCCACGCAUAAUUUUCGCUUACUAUAGGAAGAGGUUUGCGUCAGGGUUAAAACAUUAUUAUAUACGUUUGAAUAUUAUAUUGCAUCGCUUAUCAUGUUUCGUUGUGACAUAAACAAUGUUCCAAUUUUUUAAAAAGCCUGGACAAAAAGACAGGCCCAGAUUUUUACAAACUUCACCCACAAAAUCAAGCUCUGGGAAAUUAUUUGGAGAUGUAUUCAAUAGUGGUUCAUCAAUUCAGACACCAACAGGUGCAUUGUAUAGUCUUGAGGAGGAACAAGAAGAUGAAAUUCUUAAUGGUAAAACGAAAGAAACAUGUUCCUUCAACUCUCAGCUUUCUAAGACACUUCCACAGAUACUUGCAGACAAAGGUGCUCUAGGUUAUUUCAUUCAAUUUAUGGAAACACAGAACUGCAUUGCACUUAUAAAGUUUUGGUUGGAAGUAGAAUGUUUAUGCAGUUCAUUUAAUGUAUUAAAAACAAAAAUGGAAAAUAUUGAAUGUUUAAGUUGUAUAAAAAAUUCAAAUAAUAUUGUCAAUUCGAUAGACAACAAUAAAAAUUUUCAGUGUGAUAUGACACAGAAUAAUAUAAAUAAUUUUGAGACUAAGAAUCUACUAUUUAAUGAACAUGUAAAUAGUACUGAAAUAAAUAUGAAAUCAAAUUGCAAUGAUAUGCCAAAGACUAGUCAAACAAUAAGCAACAUACGACAAUCAAAUCAUGAUUGUAGAAGGAAAGAUAUGACCAUCAGACAAGAUGCAUUAAGAAUUCAUAAAAGAUAUAUUAUUAAGGAUACUUUGGGUACAAAUAAAAUUCCUGAAGAUUUGAAAAAAAAAAUGGAAGAAGUUCUUACUUUAGAAAAUAUUGAGCCUAUGUUGCAGUGCCUAUCAGCUGUCCAAAAGAUUAUAUAUCAAAUAUUAGAAACUGAAUAUAUUAAUGAGUUCUUACGAAGUGAAUUUCAUUGCAAACAUCAGAUUGAUGUUCUUACAAGUGGCAAUGUACAAUUAGCAGAUAUAUUGUAUAAUGAAACUGCAUUUUUUUAUUUUAUGGAAUUUAUGGAACUUGAAAACAAACGUGAAUUAUUAGACUUCUGGAUGUCAGCUAUAAGUUAUAAACAAAAUUUAUUAGAAAAGAAGAAUGGUAUAGAUCCAGAGGAGGCACAAACUGAUGCUCUAAUUAUUUAUGACAAGUAUUUUAGUUUACAAGCAACGAUGCCUCUUGGUUUUAGCGAUAAAAUUCGUUUCCAAGUUGAGCAGAAUAUUUGUCGCGAAGAUGGAGAGGGACCACAACCCGAUUGUUUUGAUAAACCUUGUAAAAUUGUAUAUAAUUUUUUGAAUAAGUAUUAUCUACCUACUUUCUUAUCAUCUCAGUUAUAUUACAAAUAUUUAUCAGAAUUGAUUAGUGCUAUACAAAGCAGUCCAUGUUCAAAUUUACAUCCUAGAUUAAAAAGAGCAGGUUCUGAUUGUAGUAGUGAAGUCAGUUCUGUUAGUAUUAAUAUGCAAAAUACCCUGCAGGCAGGGAAUGAUGGAAAUAGAUUAAAUAAUAAUAAAAGAAAUAUUACCAAUAGCAUGAACAUUGAUACUAGACAACUUUAUGAUCCAGAUUCUUUAUGGAAACGUAAUAAAUAUAGUUUGAGCGUCGGUUAUAUUGAUGAUUUAGGAAGAUUCGUUACUGAAAUAGAACCCGAUCCUCAAAGAAAAUAUGAAUCUCGAUUAACACGUGCUGUAAAAAGAUUUGUAAAUAUGGAGCAAGAUAAGGCCAAAGAAGAGUUAGCAUGGAAGAUUGCUGAGAUGAUCAUUCGUGAGAUCACUUCUUUGACUCUAGGAGCUUCAAAUUUUUCAUCUUGAUAACAAACACUAUAUCAAUAUCAAUAUCAAUUUUUUUUUCUUUUUGCGUAAUAUAUUUUAUAUUUUUAAGUGCUUUAAGGUGAAUAUUUUGUUUAAUACUGUACGAUUUUUUUAAUUUUUUAUAAAUGAACCGCGAAUUCCACUAAAGUGCCAAAUUGAAUAAAAAUUAAAAUAAAUUAUUAAAUUUUAUAAUCAUAAAAAAACAUAAGUUUAUAUUUAUGUAUUUAUUAUUUGUCUUGCGUAUUAUAUGUAUUUAAUGUUAAAUUUAUUGCAAAAUUAAUUAUUAUUUUCGUACUGUUACGAAUGGCGUAUUUUCUAUAUUUAUAAUAGAUUUUCUUUAAAAAUAAUGUUUUAAAUUUGUAAUCAAAAUUCAAUAAUUUUAGAUUUUAUAGAAAUUAUAAAAAGAUUAAGACAAAGAACAAAACAAAUGAUGUCGAUAAAUAUAUAAAAAAAAAUUUUCCGUUUAUUUAAAGCAUAAUAAUGAAGUAUGUACAUACAAACGGAAACAAUAAUUUUCAAGUGCUUUAACUCUUUUUAACAUUUAUGAGAUUAUAAAAGUAUUUGUUUCUAUUUGUAAGAUACGAUUGUAUUUUUAAAGAACUAUAUUAGAAUGUACAAAACAUAUUAUUUUGUGCUUAAUAUAAUAUUACUUUCUUCAAUUAUUUAACUGCCAAGAAUUUUUUCAGUUCGAUAACUUUUAUGCUUUUCUCAUUUUCAAUUUGUAAAGUUAAAAAAAAAAAUGUAAAGUUAAAAAAAAAGCAUUUUGCACUUGUAUUAUAAUGAAAUGUGAUUAAAGUGCAAUAGAAAUUUUAAAAAUCAACGAAUGAAAUCCAGUCUAGAUAUUAGAGAUACAAUGACGAACCGGAUGAACAACAACGAAAUUGUAGGUUUUUAUAAAUUAAAUUUCGAAUUACAAAUUAUUUUUUAACAAUUUUUUUUAUAACAAUAAUUAUUGUGUAGAUUUUAUUAGAUUUAAAUUUAUUAUAUUAGACAUAUUAGCUUACUUGGCAGUAUUUAUUUAUAAAAUUUUUAAAUAAUAAUAAAAACUUUAGUUUAUUAUUAUAUAUAAUUAAAAAACUUUUAUAUAUGAUCAGUCUUAUUUAAUAGGAUUAGUUAUCUAAUUAGAAUUAUUACUGGAUAUUCAAAUAAUGUUAUAUAAAAAUUAUUUUAUUAAAAUCGAUCUAUUUUUAAAAAAAAAUAUGAAAAAAAUGAACAAUUGCUAUAAUAAUGUAUUAAAAAAAAAAAAAAGAUUUAAAUAAUACGAAAAAUAUUUGCGAUUUAGGAUUAAUGUUCUUAAAAUGUUAGUCGAUUGAUUAAUGGUGCACGUUAGUUCCUUUCUACGUAAAAACGAAAAAAUAAUAAUUUUAAAAAUAGCUUAAUUUUGUCUGCGUAUAUGCAUUAUAAUAUUUUGGCAAUUUAUAUUCAUAUAAUAAUUUACAUUUUUAAAAAAUAUGAAAAUAUUAGAUUUUUACAUAUUUAAUUAAGAUAUUCAAGUUUAAUGGAUUAAUAUAAACGAACAAAUUUUCUGAUUAAUUACAAUAUAUUUCAUAUAUUUGCAUAGAUGUUUGGUGCUAUACAUAAAUACAACUGGAAAAACAAUCUUGCUAUUCUUUAAUGACUAUGUAAAUCUUUAAAAAUACGAGAAUUCGAUCAUUUGUUAAUAGUGAUGUAUAUAAAAUUUUUUUAUUAAAACGAAAGGUUGUUGUAUAAAUAAAAUCUGUUAAUAAAAAAAAUGUAAAAUAUCUGUUUUGAAAAUUCUAUACGUAAUUUUAUUUUCUGAGAUGUAUUUUUUAAAAAUAUUUUUUGUUAAUUAUAAUAAAAAUGAUCGAUAAAUUA